GCAGCCUCCGGCAGGCUACUGCAGGAACACAGUAUUGGAUUCUCCUGACCGGCCUGCAUUGACUCCACACCACACGGCGGCGCUAAUGCACCAUUCCCUUUACCGACCGCAUCAAAAUAUCAAGACGAAGAAGACAGCAGUCUGUGGACACUGCAGUACAUGCGACCGUACAACAAACCGCUCUCAGUCUCUGCUCGUUUUUUCCUCCAACGCCAGCGACGACACGGAUGAAAACAGUCUUCUGUGUUUUGCGAAGUGAAGCGGCGGAGAAGAUUCCAGCGUAUCCGGAGACCCUAACUUUCCGUUACAGCACGAACCGUGCAGUGGGGGCAAGCCUGCUCUCAGGUCAGAACAAACCGGUGGCCAUGGAUGUGGAUGAGGAGGAGAACAUGAGUUCAAGCAGCACAGAUGUUAAGGAAAACCGAAACCUGGACAACGUGUCCUGCAAAGACGGGGUGGGAGUGGCUGAACAGCUCCCCAAUGGAAGUGGCCUGGGCAGUCGAAAGCGCCCCCUGGAAGAGGGGAACAAUGGACAUACACACUCCAAGUUCCGGGCCAAGAAGCGCAAGAAAACCCCGGGGCCGGUCCUGCCCAAAAAUGCUCUGAUGCAGUUGAACGAAAUCAAACCGGGUCUACAGUACAAACUGCUGUCUCAGACAGGACCAGUCCAUGCCCCGGUUUUUGUCAUGACUGUGGAGGUCAAUGGACAGAUGUUUGAGGGCAUGGGCCCAACUAAGAAGAAGGCUAAGCUAAAUGCAGCUGAGAAAGCACUGCGUUCCUUCGUCCAGUUCCCCAAUGCCUCUGAGGCACACCUGGCCAUGGGUCGAACACUGACAGUGAACACAGACUUUACAUCUGACCAAGCUGACUUCCCAGACAUGCUCUUCAAUGGCUUCGAGACACCAGCCGUACCUGAAGAAUCCUUCUAUCUAGGCUCUAAUGGUAGCAGCUCCUUAAACUUACUAGGGGAGUAUCCCCUGCCCACACCACCUGGCAGCAACCUUGUCCAGGCCCCAUUGCCCCCUCCAUCGACAUUCAGCUCGCCCUCCAGUGGCAAAAACCCAGUCAUGAUCCUCAAUGAGCUCAGGCCAGGCCUCAAAUAUGACUUUGUCUCAGAGAGCGGGGAGAGUCAUGCCAAGAAUUUUGUGAUGUCAGUAACGGUGGAUGCACAGACGUUUGAAGGCUCAGGGCGCAACAAGAAGCUGGCUAAAGCCCGGGCAGCGCAGGCCGCCCUCUCAGCUCUCUUCAACAUGCAGCUAGACCAGACUCCAUCCCGGCAACCCAUACCAAGAGAGGGAUUGCAGCUUCACCUACCCCAGGUUCUGGCUGAUGCAGUCUCUCGCCUGGUGGUGGAUAAGUUCAGUGAGCUGACAGAAAACUUCACCUCCCCCCAUGCACGGCGAAAAGUCCUAGCAGGGGUCGUCAUGACAACAGGGACAGAUGUGAAGGAAGCACAGGUAAUAUGUGUCUCCACGGGAACCAAAUGCAUCAACGGUGAGUACAUGAGCGACCGCGGCCUGGCACUCAAUGACUGCCACGCUGAGAUAAUCGCCCGACGCUCGCUCAUCAGGUACCUCUACACUCAGCUGGAGCUCUUCCUCAGCAAGGAGGACCAGCAGAAGUCCAUAUUCAUGCAGUGUGACAAGGGAGGCUACCGGUUAAAGGAAAACGUUCAGUUCCACCUCUACAUAAGCACCUCGCCCUGCGGAGACGCCAGGAUCUUCUCUCCACACGAGGCCGGAGUUGAAGACCAAGGAGACAGACAUCCAAACCGGAAAGCACGGGGCCAAUUAAGGACCAAAAUAGAGUCAGGAGAGGGCACCAUCCCUGUGAGGUCCAGCAACACCAUCCAAACCUGGGACGGGGUGCUGCAGGGGGAGAGGUUACUCACCAUGUCCUGCAGUGACAAGAUCGCAAGGUGGAAUGUGGUAGGCAUCCAGGGCUCUUUGAUGAGCUACUUCACAGAGCCAAUCUACUUCUCCAGCAUCAUCCUUGGCAGCCUUUACCAUGGCGACCACCUCUCCAGGGCCAUGUACCAGCGCAUCGCAGAUAUCGAGGACCUGCCCCAGCAGUUCACCCUCAACAGGCCUCUUCUCAGUGGUAUAAGUAAUGCAGAGGCCAGGCAGCCGGGCAAGGCGCCCAACUUCAGUGUGAACUGGACGGUGGGGGAUCAGGCCCUGGAGGUGAUCAAUGCAACCACAGGCAAGGACGACAUGGGUCGCGCUUCACGUCUCUGCAAGCACGCCCUCUACAGCCGCUGGGUGCGCCUGCACUCCAAGCUGUCAUCCAUCUUGUGGAUCAAAGUGCUCAAGCCCAGCUCUUACCAUGAAGCCAAGCAGGCCGCCACAGAGUACCACUCUGCCAAGCAGGCGCUCAUCAAGGCCUUCCACAAGGCCGGCCUGGGGGCCUGGGUCAAAAAGCCCAUUGAGCAAGACCAGUUCACCCUCUGCUCCUGAGGGAGUCAAGGGACCAAAGGGAUUCCUAAAACCCCCAAACCCAC